UUAUAUAACUAUAUGAAACAAGCACGAGUAAUUAUAUGAUGAUAUUGAUAACAAAGUGACAUUAUAUCAUUAUAUUAGUAUAAAAUUUAUAAUUCUAAAUGUAUAACUCAUCACUUUUAUUAAAAAAUUUUUGAGAUGUAGAUAUUGUUGGAAUAAAUAAGUUUAUGUAAUAGCAUUUAAUGUGAUCGCUUGCAUAGCCAUUAAUGAGUUAAAAUAUCAUUAACCAUUUCGCUCCGACGGGCGUUUAUAUACGCCUUCGAAGAAUGACCAUUCAUGUACAAAGAGCGUAUAUAUACGCUUUGAAAAAGUGGGCGCUUGGGUACAAAAAGCGUACAUAUACGUUCAUAUCAUAUGUACUUUAAUUUCAUACUUUACAUGAGGUACUUUAGUUAAUUGAGUAUCUGUCAAUGCUGCAAACUUUAAAAACAUGAAAUAAAACACUAACAAGACAAGACGAUAUUGUGUUUCGUUUUAACGAUACACAGUUUCAGUCUUCUUUAGAACAUUGCCAGUGACGGAUAUAUACCAGUAAAUAUUCAAUUUCUGCCUUUGUGAUAAUAUGUUGAGUUUUAAAAUAUUUAAUUUUUUAGACCCAUUAUCAAAACAUGGGGAAAAGAAAAUUUAAGAGAAUAUUUUUCGCGAGUGAGAACAGACACGAUUUAUGUUCGGCUUUAAAUACUUUAAUAAUUUCGUUGUAUUAAUAUUACAUGAACAUUAUAAUAAAAUAUUUUUAAAAAAUAUAUUUUAAUUAUAGAUUUUUAUAUUUUAGAAAGUAAGAUGAUAUUACUGAAUAUAAUAAAUAUCAUUGUAAAAUUUAGAGAACAAGAAACAACUUCUAAUUAUUUCGUAGCAUUCCGUACUUUAGUGUCAACUACUCAGUAAUGCGAACCGUUCACAGCGAUCAACAUUGUGGCACAAGUGCUCCGGAACGAAAGGGAGGUUAAAAACUAAAAAUUAAUAAAAACAUUUGUAAUUAUUUUUUAAUAACGAGUGGCCAAAUUGUAUCAUCGAACAUAUCAGUAUUUAAUCAUUGAAAAGUUUCGACCAAAUAUAUAUAUAUUGUUUUAUUAAAAUUUUGAAACUUUUGUUUCGACUUUAGUUUAUUCAAUGUUAUAUAUCUAAAUUAUAAUUAUUUCCUUUUCGCGCCAUUAACGUUUAAAAACGUAUAUUAGUAAGUAAUUUCAAUUUGAUUGAUAAUAUGUAAAAUUAUUUGAUCACAGUUUAAAUAAUUCACGAAAAUAAAUAAAAAGAACAUAAACGUAUUACUAAAGAAGUUCCUUACGUAUUAUAAUUAAUUCUUUCCUUGAUAAAGUAUUAUAUAAUCAUGAUAUGGAAUAUAAGAGUGUUUUACAACGACUGAAAAGUAUUAUAUUAUAUUAUUGAAGAGUGGGAGUUGAAUAUAAAUGGAUGACAUUAUUCAAGAUAUGAUUUAGACGACGAUUAAUAUUAUUAAACGAUAAUCAAACGUUAAAGUGAAAUAACAAGAAGUCCCAAGAUGAAUUUGAUCAUUUUUAUACCGGCUAUAUUUCUAAAGUUUUUUUUCAAUAUGUUAUAUUUUAUUAAUAAAAAGUUCAAUUAUAAAAAACCGCAACGAAUUCCUCCUACCAAUAAUCAUUUAUUUAAAAUGUCAGCGAGUCUACUUGCUAAAAAGAUCAGAUUAAGAGAAAUUACAAGUCAAGAAUUAGUAGAAGCAUAUAUCCAACGUAUAAAACAAGUAAAUCCUAUUUUAAAUGCCGUGAUUGAGGAUAGAUUCCAAGAAGCCUUGGAAGAGGCAAAGAUUUGUGAUAAAAAUAUCAGAAAUGGCAAAAUUACUAUUUCCGAACUCGAAAAGCAAAAACCAUUAUAUGGCAUACCCUUCACGGUUAAAGAAUCGUGUAUGCUCAAAGGAUUGAGUUAUACAGGAGGUUCUUAUGCUCGAAAAGGAAUAAAAGCAUUGGAAAAUGGAAAAGCGGUAGAAAUGUUGAGAAAUGCAGGUGGUAUACCUUUAUGCGUUACAAAUACUCCAGAAUUAUGUACGGGAUUCGAUUCUUACAAUUUUUUGUUUGGAAGGACAUGUAAUCCAUACGAUAUAAGAUAUACAGCUGGUGGUUCGUCGGGCGGAGAAGGAGCACUGAUAGGUUCAGGAUGUUCUUUGAUAGGACUCGGUUCUGAUAUAUCAGGAUCGAUAAGAAUACCAGCCCUAUUUAAUGGUAUUUUCGGACAUAAGCCAACAACAGGAAUUGUCUCGAUAAAAGGUCAUUUUCCGUCCAGCGACAAUAUCAAAUUUAAAGAAUGCCUACUAAUUGGACCUAUGACAAGAUAUGUCGAAGAUUUACACUUGGUUAUGAAAAUAUUGACUGCUACAUACAAUCGAGAUUUAUAUUUGGAUGAUCCGAUUGAUUUAAAAAAAUUAAAAGUUUUUUAUUUGGAGGAUUUUGGAUCUUCCAUGGUUUUAGUUCCAACUCAAAAGGAAAUACGAGCUUGUAUUAAAGAGGCAGUUAAUCAUUUAAAAUAUUGUGGCUCUGAGAUUAAAGAAUAUCCAGGUAAUUUAGCUCACAAUAUCGAAGGGAUCUUAAUUAAUUUUUUGUCUUUAAGCGAAAUACAAAUUUUAUUGGAUCCAAAUGAUUCCAAGAAUGAAAAACAAUUGUUAUAUGAAUUGCCAAAGUCACUAUUAGGUAUUUCACAAUAUACGUUCGGAGCGAUCUUUCUAAAGAUUUUAAUAUCUAUGAAUAAAAUCCUGAAGUACUCGAAGGAACAAGAAUUUAACAUUCAAAAUCAACGUCAACAUUUUAUAGAUUUGUUAAGUAACAACGGUGUGUUCAUUUUCCCCACAUAUCCAAUAACAGCGCCCAUAGGCAAAGUAAUAAUUUUCAAUCCAAUGAGUUCUAUAUAUUCCAAUGUAUGGAAUUUAUUCGGUUUUCCAGCAACUAAUGUUCCCAUGGGUAUCACAGUGGAUGGUUUACCCAUUGGUUUACAGGUCAUUGCUGCUCCUUAUCAAGAUCGUCUAUGCUUAGCAGUAGCUAAAGAAUUAGAACGAUCAUUUGGUGGUUGGAUACCACCUUAUCCAACCUGUUAAUAUGUAUAUUGAAUAAAUUAUUAUAUAAUAUUGAAUCAAAAAUAUUUUUUCUUUUUAAAAAAUUUGAAGAAAUAUGAUAUUUAAUUCUGAAAAUAUUAAUGCAUGUGCGUAUAUAUAAUUAUCGAGAAUGGUUAUGGAGUGAUUAAAAAUUGGAGCUUAAC